UCCUAUAUUAUUAGUUCACACAAACAGAAGAUAAGCCUUGUAGAACCUCCUAAAAAAUGAAGUUUACGACCUUCCUCUCUCUGUUUCUACUUUGUGCCUUCACCUCGAAGCUUCCUUCAGCCAGCGCUGUUGUGGUGGACACUGAAGGUAAACGUCUUCGAAAUGGUGGCAUAUACGGUCUGAGGCCAGUUAUAAUAACUGGCAACGGAGGUGGAGUAGAAUAUGCAGCAACCGGAAACGAAACUUGUCCUUUGUCCGUUGUCCAAAAUCCCAAUCCUUUCUCUCUCGGCUUCCCGGUACAAAUUUCAACCCCACCUAGACUCUAUUAUAUAGACGAAGGCGCUAAUUUGAUCUUAGAGUUCAUUGCUCCGCCUCGGUGUGCUCCCACUCCGUCUCUGUGGACUGCUGUGAAGGCUGAGGAAGAGGAACUCCCUGUUAAACUUAGAGGAUACGACAACAUAGUAAAAGGUUGGUUUAAGAUUCAGAGUGUUCCUGUUGACAUUGGGGGCUACAACAUCUUGUUCUGUCCUCUCGAUAGUACUUCAUGUGGCUAUGUUGGGAUUCAGUUUGAUGAUGCUAGAAACAGGCAUUUGGUGGUCACCCAGAAAGCGGACACAGCCUUAUGGGUUCGGUUUGAAAGACUUUCGCCGGCAUCAUCUGCAACUGAUCUCCAUGAACCAUCUCUGCUCCUAAAAAGUCAUGUAUCUACUCAGUGACAAACAUAAUCUAUGCGCUAACUAAAUGCGUUGUAAUAAAUCGUCGCAUGGCUCAAUAUAAUAAGAUUCUACUAUCUUAAAAAAAAAAAA